AUGUCGCGCGCGCAGCCCCAGGGCAGCUCGAGGAAGAUUUCCUUCAACGUUUCGGAGCAGUACGAUAUCCAGGAUGUGGUCGGUGAGGGCGCGUACGGAGUCGUCUGCUCCGCGCUGCACAAGCCCUCCGGCCAGAAGGUCGCCAUCAAGAAGAUCACUCCUUUCGACCACUCCAUGUUCUGCUUGCGCACGCUCCGUGAGAUGAAGCUGCUGCGGUACUUCAACCACGAGAACAUCAUCUCCAUCCUCGACAUCCAGAAGCCGAGGAAUUACGAGACCUUCACCGAGGUCUACCUCAUCCAGGAGCUCAUGGAGACGGACAUGCACCGUGUCAUUAGGACUCAGGAACUUUCCGACGAUCAUUGCCAGUACUUCAUCUACCAGACCCUGCGUGCCUUGAAGGCCAUGCACUCGGCCAACGUCCUCCAUCGCGACCUCAAGCCGUCCAACUUGCUCCUUAACGCAAACUGCGACCUGAAGGUCUGCGAUUUCGGCCUCGCCCGCUCCGCUGCGUCGACCGAGGACAACUCCGGUUUCAUGACGGAAUAUGUCGCGACUCGUUGGUACCGUGCUCCUGAGAUUAUGCUUACGUUCAAGGAGUACACCAAGGCGAUCGAUAUCUGGAGUGUCGGCUGCAUCUUGGCCGAGAUGCUGAGCGGAAAGCCUCUGUUCCCCGGCAAGGAUUACCACCACCAGCUCACCCUGAUCCUCGACGUCCUGGGCACGCCCACGAUGGAGGACUACUACGGCAUCAAGUCGCGCCGUGCUCGUGAAUACAUCCGUUCGCUCCCCUUCAAGAAGAAGAUUCCGUGGAAGGCCAUGUUCCCCAAGAGCUCGGAUCUGGCUCUGGACCUUCUCGAACGCCUGCUGGCUUUCAACCCCGUUAAGCGCAUCACCGUCGAGGAGGCUCUGAAGCACCCGUACCUCGAGCCGUACCACGACCCUGACGAUGAGCCCACGGCCGACCCGAUUCCCGAGGAGUUCUUCGAUUUCGACAAGAACAAGGACAACUUGACCAAGGAGCAGCUGAAGAUGCUCAUCUACCAGGAGAUUAUGCGGUAA